UGUGAUUCACAGCGUUGCAUGGAAGGGCUCACGGCGUGGGACUUGGCGACACUGCGGGUCGAUGAACGCCUUGCGACAGGGUGUCCAAAUGUCGACGAAGCAUUGCGCGGAGGAUUUCCCGUCGGGUUCGUGUCGGAAGUAUGUGGGUGUGCUGGCAGCGGAAAAACGCAGUUGUGCUUGCAGCUUCUCUUGCGAUCGCAACUUCCACAAGGAGAAAGCGGGGGGUUGAAUGCCAGCAGCUGUUACAUGUACUCGGACGGUCUCUCCCCAAUGAAGAGACUCCAGGAACUCGCCGCUCAUUAUUCAGACAGCGGACCAGUGCAGCUCAAUCGGAUAUUCCUCGAAGCUGCGACUGACCCAACGCAGUUUCUCCAUGCGUUAAAAUCCCGACUGCCAUCGCUCAUGGAGUUGCAUGGCGUGCGACUCGUGGUGGUCGACUCUAUAGCAGCAGUGUUUCGGGGGCAAUCCGUGGAGAAGGCCGCCGACGCGGGAGAUCGCACGCGAAUGAUGUUCGACAUUGUCCAUUGCAUGCACAUCCUCGCCAAGCAGUACCGCGCCGUGUUCAUUGUCGUGAACCACAUGACGGCCGACAUGCAGAAGGACGGCAACAUUCCCGCUCUCGGACUUGCCUGGUCCUCGUGCGUAAAUCAACGCUUUCUCAUUCGCAAGUCAGCGCGGUCACCGUCCCAGCGCACCCUGCAUAUCUUGUUUUCUCCGUACCUUGCCCACGACACCACGGCCGUGUUUGACAUCACUUCCGACCGACUGCUGUGACCACAAGACGGCAAUCGUUCCCCUCGCCUCCAUGUAGAUGACCGUGGAUGGAAUCGCUGACGGGGAAAAUUUGAUGUAUGCGUGCUUUAUGCAUGAUGUGCGCGAGGGCGGUGAAGGCGUAACUUCACCAUUUCUAUGCCUUAAAGAUCGAUGUACAUCACAAACACAAUCUCAGCGACGAGUUGAGUGCUUCACAAGUGAUGGCGACAGCUAUCCAUUGUCCAGCAGCUUAACUGCGGCAUUGCUGUUGUGCUGUCGCCAUUGGGGUCCAG